AUGGAGGAAAGACCAGAAACAGAGCUUAUUUCAAUACCAGCAACACCGCGUGCAUCAACACCUGAGAUUCUAACACCGUCAGGUCAAAGAUCACCAAGGGGUGGUGGAGGACAUACAUCUACUGGUGCAUCAAAAGAUGCUAAGUCAUGGACACCAACUUCAUUUAUUUCACCUAGGUUUUUGAGCCCUAUUGGGACUCCAAUGAAAAGGGUGUUGGUUAAUAUGAAGGGUUAUUUGGAAGAAGUUGGGCAUUUGACUAAGCUUAACCCUCAAGAUGCUUGGCUUCCAAUUACUGAAUCUAGAAAUGGCAAUGCUCAUUAUGCUGCUUUUCAUAAUCUUAAUGCUGGUAUUGGGUUUCAAGCUUUGGUCUUGCCUGUUGCUUUCUCUUAUCUUGGAUGGAGCUGGGGAAUAAUUUCCUUAACUAUAGCUUAUUUCUGGCAACUCUAUACUUUAUGGAUCCUUGUUCAGCUGCAUGAAGCAGUUCCAGGGAAGAGAUACAAUAGAUAUGUGGAACUCGCGCAAGCAGCAUUUGGUGAAAGACUGGGUGUUUGGCUUGCUCUCUUCCCUACUGUUUACCUAUCUGCAGGAACCGCAACAGCAUUGAUUCUCGUAGGAGGAGAAACCAUGAAGCUGUUCUUUCAAAUUGUUUGUGGUCCGCUCUGUUCCUCGAAUCCUUUAACAACUGUGGAGUGGUAUCUGGUUUUCACUUCCCUCUGCAUUGUUCUGUCCCAGCUCCCGAACCUGAACUCCAUCGCUGGACUCUCCCUCGUUGGAGCAGUGACAGCCAUAACAUACGCCACUAUGGCAUGGGUCCUUUCUGUAAGCCAACCACGACCACCUUCCAUUUCAUAUGAACCCAUUUCUUUGCCUUCCUACUCAGCUUCUCUCUUUUCGGUCUUGAACGCCAUGGGUAUCAUAGCAUUUACCUUUAGAGGACACAAUUUAGUUCUUGAAAUUCAGUCAACAAUGCCGUCAACGUUCAAGCACCCAGCCCAUGUGCCAAUGUGGAAGGGAGCAAAAGUUGCUUAUUUCUUCAUAGCCUUGUGCCUGUUCCCUAUUGCCAUUGGAGGCUUCUGGGCUUAUGGAAGCCUUAUGCCAUCGGGGGGAAUGCUAAGUGCACUAUACGCCUUCCAUAUUCACGAUAUUCCAAGAGGACUUCUCGCCAUGACAUUUCUCUUAGUCGUGUUCAACUGCUUGAGUAGCUUCCAAAUAUACUCCAUGCCAGCAUUUGACAGUUUCGAAGCUGGAUACACUAGCCGUACCAACAAACCAUGCUCAAUUUGGGUCCGUUCUGGUUUCAGAAUAUUUUUCGGAUUUGUUUCAUUCUUUAUCGGAGUGGCACUUCCGUUCCUGUCAAGUCUUGCAGGAUUGUUAGGAGGACUCACACUUCCGGUAACGUUUGCUUAUCCUUGCUUCAUGUGGGUCCUCAUAAAGAAGCCUACAAAGUACAGCUUUAACUGGUAUUUCAACUGGAUCCUUGGAUGGUUAGGAGUUGCUUUUAGCUUGGCCUUUUCAAUUGGAGGAAUUUGGAGUAUGGUCAAUAAUGGACUUAAACUCCGGUUCUUCAAGCCCAACUAAGAGAUAGAUCAUGAAUAAAAAGCGCGCUUUGGUAUGUAAACUUGUAUUUGCUAGUAGUAGUUUGUAAUGUGUGUUUCUAUUCUAGGCUUGAGAAAAGGUGAAGUGGAGAAACAACGCGUGCGUGUGUUUUGGUUGGUUCGGGAGGAGGGGAGGAAGAGGAAUAUGUAUAAAAGCCAUAGGUACAAACAUGUUCUUGUUUUCUACCUUUGGAAAUUUGGUGUUGUAUGCUUAUGAAAUCGCUUGAAAGUCACAUUUUAUAGAAACUAGAAUGUUUGCAGGA